GGUCUGGCCCGGCACCUUGAGGGACCCUGUCCGCCGAGGAGGAGCGGGGGCUCUUUGCGGCCGCCCUCUCCGGUCUCGUGGCUCUACCGGGAGACCUCAUAUUUCCCCAGGGUCUCAAGCUUGAGACUCCUCGGUCCUCCUGCACCUUUUUUUGCUGCCUGCGGCGUGAGCGGCCGCUGAGACUCGCGAGACGUGGCGGGCGGGGCGGACACCCCUGCUGUAGGACUCUGUCCCUCAGCCUCAAUGCCUCCGCGAACAAAGUUGAGUGGGUGUGGGUGGUUGGAGCUGUGGAGGUGUCCUCCGGGGGCGAGUGCGGCCAGAACACCCGUCACGGUUAAGUUUCCUGCGCGCACGUUGCAAGGACCGUGUGAGAGUAUGGUAUAAUUUGGUUUCCUGAGAUUCUGUCUUAGCAAGAAAGAAGUGGGAAAUACUCUUCAAAAAAGAACUAAAAUCACAAUAAAGCCACAAUUUAUUAUUAUAUGGUUGUCAGCUUAUUUACCAAUAUGGACACUUUUCCCAACAUUUUUCCAACUGGUGGAGACACUGGACUAAAUUCUGAAUCUGAGUUCCAAAAAAUGUUAAUUGAUGAAAGGUUACGAUGUGACCAUCAUAAAACUAAUUAUCAGACUCUCAAAGUUGAACACACAAGAUUGCAGGGUGAGUACAUAAAAUCACAAAAUGAACUCAAGCGCUUGUUAAAUGAAAAGGAAACAAACCAGGAAAAAUUCCAGCUACUGCUUGAAGAGCUAAAAGGGGAAUUAGUAGAGAAAACUAAAGAUUUAGAAGAAAUAAAACUGCAGGUUUUAACACCACAAAAAUUGGAAUUGUUAAGAGCCCAAAUACAACAGGAAUUAGAAACUCCAAUGAGAGAACGUUUACGGAAUCUGGAUGAAGAAGUGGAGAAGUAUAGAGCUGAAUAUAAUAAGCUUCGCUAUGAACAUACAUUUCUCAAGUCAGAAUUUGAACACCAGAAAGAAGAAUUUGCACGCAUUUCAGAAGAGGAAAAAAUAAAAUAUGAAUCAGAGAUUGCAAGACUGGAGAAAGAUAAAGAAGAACUACAUAACCAGCUGUUUAGCGUUGAUCUUACAAGAGACACCAAACGAAUGGAGCAACUUGUACGAGAAAAAGUCCAUUUGUCUCAGAAAUUAAAAGGUUUAGAGACUGAAGUAGCAGAAUUAAGGGCUGAAAAAGAGAAUUCUGGUGCUCAGAUAGAAAAUGUCCAAAGAAUACAGGUGCGACAGUUGGCUGAGAUGCAGGCUACAGUUAGGUCUCUGGAGGCUGAAAAACAGUCAGCUAAGCUACAGGCUGAACGUUUGGAAAAAGAGCUACAAUCAAGCAAUGAACAAAAUACUUUUUUAACCAGUAAAUUGCAUAAAGCUGACCGAGAAAUAAAUACAUUGACCAGUAAGGUAAAAGAACUUAAACAUUCAAACAAACUAGAAAUAACAGACAUCAAACUGGAGGCAGCAAGAGCUAAAAGUGAGCUAGAAAGAGAAAAGAAUAAGAUUCAAAGUGAAUUGGAUGGAUUACAGUCAGACAAUGAAAUCCUCAAAUCAGCUGUUGAAUAUCACAAAGUGCUAUUAGUAGAAAAGGAUCGUGAAUUAAUACGUAAAGUACAAGCUGCCAAGGAAGAAGGUUAUCAAAAACUCGUAGUAUUACAAGGUGAAAAGCUAGAACUUGAGAACAGAUUAGCAGAUUUGGAGAAAAUGAAAUUGGAACAUGACGUCUGGAGGCAAUCUGAAAAGGAUCAGUGUGAAGAGAAAUUGCGGGCAUCACAGAUGGCAGAAGAAUCGGCCAGAAGGGAACUUCAGAGUAUCAGGUUAAAACUUCAACAACAAAUUGUGAAUAUUGAAAAUGCAGAGAAAGAAAAAAGUGAAAAUUCUGAUCUGAAACAGCAAAUCAGUAGCUUGCAGAUCCAGGUGACCUCACUGGCACAGUCAGAGAAUGACUUGCUGAAUUCAAACCAAAUGCUGAAGGAAAUGGUGGAGAGAUUAAAACAAGAAUGCCGAAAUUUAAGAAGCCAAGCUGAAAAAGUGCAAGUAGAAGUUGAAAAGACAUUGGAAGAAAAACAAAUACUGUGGUUGGAAGAAAAGCAUAAGCUUCAUGCACGUAUCACAGACAGAGAAGAAAAGUAUAAUCAAGCUAAAGAGAAACUACAGCGUGCUGCCAUUGCUCAGAAGAAGAGAAAAUCUCUUCAUGAAAACAAAUUGAGGAGAUUGCAAGAGAAAGUAGAAGUCUUGGAGGCAAAGAAAGAAGAAUUAGAAACAGAAAAUCAGGUGUUAAAUAGACAAAAUGUUCCAUUUGAAGAAUAUACAAGGCUUCAAAAAAGACUAAAAGAUAUACAGAGACGACAUAAUGAAUUUCGAAGUCUAAUUUUGGUUCCUAACAUGCCUCCAACAGCAUCUGUCAAUCCUGUUAGCAUGCAGUCAUCAGCCAUGGUUCCAGGCAUGGAACUGUCCUUUCCUCCACAUAUGCAGGAGGAACAGCAUCAAAGGGAACUCUCGCUACUUCGCAAAAGACUGGAAGAACUAGAAACAACACAAAGAAAACAACUAGAAGAACUAGGAUCUCCUGGGGAAUGAUGUUCUUGGAUAAAAGGCAGAUCAAAAGGGGUGAAAUAAAGAGACUCAAUAAAGCAUGCAGUUUUAAUGUACAUGGCAUUGAUAUACUUUAUUACUGUUUGCCAAAAUACUUAAAUGUGCCUCUAGAAAAGGUAUCAGCUACAUGCUGCAUUGCAUGAUAUUCAGAUUUUCCGAUUAUACUGAUGACUAAUAAAGCAUUAAAAGAAAGUUUCAGAGAUAUUUUACAAUAUAUAAUAUCUGAAUAUAAAAAUAAAUAAUAAAUAGGGAAUCAAGUUUUAAAAUUUUCACUUCUCAAUUUUUUUGGCAUUUUGCCUGAAAUGUACCCAUCUUGAAUUCUUUUUUUUCAUCUCUGAGGUGCUUGACAAUAAGAACGUCAGUAAACUGCUUUACUAAUAUACAAGAGUUAUAGUUUUUGGAAAAAAGAUGACAAUUUAAAGGUACAUUUUAAAAAUCUUUAAAGGUAUCUAAAUACAUAUGUUUAUUUCAAAAGGCUACCUUUUCUAAAAGCUGUGUACACAUAAUUUAUUAAAGAGCUUAAUAAAUAUUUUUCUACCUAAGUA